CUCGCAUUUGAGGAGCUGGAGAGAAGCAGAACAGGGUUUAGAAGGAAGCUGUGAGUCCACAACACCUGCAGCUACCCUGCCAUGAAUGACAGUGACCCUCAGCUCUCUGUGGUGGCACAGGAACUCUGGGACAAUGAUGUGAACAGGUUACAACCAGGCAAGGACUACAAGAUCUCCCUACAGGGUAAAGCUGGCUUUGCGCAGCCUGGCAACGAUGGCAAUGAUGGAGCUUUUUUACCUCUCUUCGCAUUUGUCGAUGAGAACAUUUUUAAAAAAGAGACCUUUCAUGCCUUCAUCUCGCUGCUUGAUAACUAUGAAAGUGAUGCUGGUGAACCGGAGGUGGUCACCCCUGAAGAAGAAUUUGAAAUACAGCGUUUUUUGGAUUCAGUAAUGAAGACUCCCAUCAUGAAGAUUGUUCACAGGUAUCUAGCAGAAAAGCAACUCUCACCCAAGGACUUGUCGGACUUCAAACAGCAGCUGCAUUGCAUUUGGUUUGAGCUGUAUGCCAGGAAGGGCUCAAGUAGGCCCGACUCUUCAGGCUUUGAGCAUGUGUUUGUGGGAGAGACCAGAGGAGGACGGACAGUCAUUGGCUUCCAUAACUGGAUUCAGCUCUACAUGCAAGAGAAACUUGGUCACAUUGACUACAAGGGCUAUAAUGUCAACGCUAAGUCCCCUACUCCUGAUGGGAACAAGCACAUCAUGGCCCUGCAGUUCAGCUGGAAGAAUGGAAUCAAGCCCAAGGGGAGCAUUUUCAUUGGAGUCAGUCCAGAGUUUGAGUUUGCUCUGUAUACUCUCUGCUUUCUGACAUCACCUAAUGAACGAGUUAAACUUUCAUUUAGCCUGUAUGAGGUGGAGAUUGUCUGCCACCACUAUAAUCAGAAGCAUAUUGGAACAACGUAUCCAGUUCUUAUCAAAUAUCUGUAAGGCGUGAGUCUCCUCCAUUAUGACAUAUGCAGAUGCCUUUUAAUUUGUGCCGUUUUUGUCUUUUUUAUUUACAAUAAAACCACAUACACUUAAAAGAUCAAUUAUAUGCAGAUGAGAGAAACACACCUAUAAAUAGACCUUGUUAUAUAGCACUAGCAAAUGCCAUCUCAUGCUGCUUGAUAAGUAAGUAUGAGUGCUUGAACAAAGAUUUUCUCAGGCUCACAGAUGGAAUCAAUGAUGGAGAAAGAACUGACAGCC